UUGAAGGAGAGACUCGUGGGGAGACUUGUGACUCUCAGCUGAUUCCUGAACAUACCCCUACAGGGUCUCAAGCUCUGCUGGAGAUAGCAGUCCGCUCAGGGUUAUCUCUCAUCUUCGCCUUGCUGCGUCAGAGUUGGGGAGAUACCGGAAUCUCAGGAGGCCCCAACAUCUGCUGUGAAAUGCUGACCAGUGCCUUGACCGUGGUGAGAAGUCUGCCUCCUUUGUCCUUGGCCAACGAGAACCACAUUUCUGGACUGGGCGCAGAGACCCUUUCCCAGGUGGCGGAGUUCCUUACUCAAAUGGCUGUGCCUUCAUCAGGCGCAAACAUCAAAGGUCAGCUGUUAGCCAGUGAGCUACUGUUGGGGCUCGCCGUACAGAGGGGUUCUCUGCGCCACCUGCUGGAGUGGGUCCGCAUGGCACUGGAAAGCGGAGGAAACAUCGGUACUCAAGAGUUCCUCACCAUUCUGCGCCAGAUGAGGGCCAUCACCGCCAGCGGCUCACAAAACUUCCUCUACACCGUCUCCCAACCCACACUGCCUCUCUACAAAGCUGCCAUCAUGCUCACCGAUGAGUUGGUGAGGCUGGCAUGUGACUAUACGCAUUGCGAAGGCGAGGCUUGUACCACAGAGUCGGCACUGCCUCAAGAGAAGUGUGAGGUCUACGUGUGGGGCAGCAACACCUCCCACCAGCUAGCCAAGAAAAACCAGGAAAAGAUAUUGGUUCCCAAACUGGCUCGGGCUUUCCAGAACGUCCAACAGGUAGAGGCAGGUCAGUACUGUACAUUUGUGAUCCACACAAGCGGGGAGGUGAGUGCGUGCGGCAAGGGUAGCUACGGCCGUCUGGGCCUAGGAGACUCAAACAAUCAGCCCAAGCCCAAGCGUCUGGAGGUAUCCGAGAAGAUGAAGCGCCUGUCGUCCUCCAAGGGGAGUGAUGGCCACACUCUCGCACUCACAGAGGAAGGCUCCGUGUACAGUUGGGGUGAUGGUGACUACGGGAAGCUGGGCCACGGCAUGAAUACAACUCAAAAGCAGCCGAAGCUUAUCGAUGCCAGCCCAUUCAGCAGCAAGGUGGUGACGCACAUCAGCGCUGGCUAUCGGCACAGUGCUGCAGUCACAGCUGAUGGCGAACUGUACACUUGGGGCGAGGGUGACCAUGGCAGACUGGGCCAUGGGGAUGGCAACAGUCGCAAUGUACCGACACUGGUGCGAGAUAUUAACGGUGUUGGCUCGGUAUCGUGUGGUGCAGCACACACACUGGCGCUGUCGGCCGACGGCAAGACUGUUUGGGCUUUUGGCUCAGGGGACCAAGGCAAGCUCGGGCAUGGUGAUACAGCGCGUGUCCCCCGACCCAAGGUUGUAGAGGCUCUGCUGGGGGUCUACGUACGCAAAGUAGCUGCAGGCAGUCAAUUCAGCUUGGCGCUUACGUCCAAUGGACAGGUGCUGGCGUGGGGCAGCAGUGCUUGUCUAGGCUGUGGUGGUCCAGACGCCACCUCACUGACUCCGCGACUGAUAGACGACCUGGCCGGUCUACGAGUGGUGGACAUUUCCACGGGUGACUCACAUUGCCUGGCUUUAACGCAUGACUGUGAGGUGUUCGCUUGGGGAAACAACGCCAUGGGGCAAUGUGGCCAGGGCCACUCAACUAGUCCUGUGGUGCGACCCCGCAGAGUCCUAGGGCUGGACGGAGUCAAGAUUCACCAGAUCUCUGCAGGCACCUCACACUCGGUCGUGUGGACCUCACUGCCAACGGAUAGAUCAGUGAUCACUUGGCAUCGCCCGUUCUGUGUCGAUCUGCAGGAAGCCUCGUUCUCCCUGAUGCGUUCAUUCCUAGAGAAAUAUUGCGACAGUUUCCAGUACGAAGACCCACCAUCGCCUUUCUUAACCAGCAAAGAACACGAGCAAUUUGUAAGACUUUGCCUGAAGCUGCUGUGUGCUCACCUAUCCCUGGCCACUUCUGGCGCCAACGCCUCGCCAACAGUCCUUGGUGACCAGACGGCCGCCCUCAGGAACUUACUGUUCAGACUGGUCGAUGUCGCAACUCCAGCUAGUGUAGAGUCCGUGGUGACCGAAUGUCUGGCUGUGGGUGCUCCGUUAUUGUUGCCACCCCUCCAGGAGCGACUGGCACUGCUACAAACCAUGCUGCCUCACACCUCCCACCUCUCCAAGGGACAGAGAAUGCUGCUAGGUAUCAUAGUGUCCAGCCUAGAGGAACACUCCCAACUGUCGACGUUGCUGGGUUACAAGCGAGCGGAUACCGAGGACAAGACAGAACACGACCUAGCUCUGACCGAGACACUCAUGAGUACCUUGCUGGACAAUCUGCACCGGAUGAUGCUGGAGGUGUUGAGUGCAGUGGAGACGGAGUUGUCGAGUGGGUCAGAAGUUCAGUGGCAUGUUCCCUGUGUUGGUGGCAACCAUCUUUACGAUUUGCUAGCGUCCCUGCAGACGCAUCUACUGGCCUUCUGUGUCAGCAAUCUCCAUGAGCAUGAGUCACCCAGUAUGGCGUUAACACAGAGACACUUGGCGGAGCUGUUACCUUUAGCCAGUGACAUCUACGCCCGCACAGCCAGCCUGCUCACCCGCUUUCCAGACGCUUCCUACAGGAUCCACAGUGCAGUGUAUGAUUCACCGGCGGGAGCAAUGCUGUUCCACACAAUCCACUGUCUACUUUUGCUACCAAUUGGUCAGGUUCAGCCACUCUUCCACCAACUACUUCUUACAGUCCGACACAUGGACCGACUUAACUCCUGCCUCCCCACGCCUCUCAACAACUCCUCAGAGGCAAACACUCCCACUGUGGAAUCGACAAGUCCGGACUCGUGGCUAUGGCUGGUGGACCUGGAACGGGCCUGCAGUCUGCUGGCGGGCCGCUGUCUCAAUGGCCAACUGGUGGGGCCCCCCGCCUCCUUCGAGGAACGUGAGACCCUUUACUGGCUCAACAGUGGGCUGUUGUCUCACGGCCUUGACCUGUCGGACACGGAUGACAUGGGAUCAGCAUUGAAGGUGAUGGCUCACAGUCUGCUCAACAAGGAUGAACAAAUGGAUUUGGAUGUGUUCAUGAAAAUGCCUCUACAUUUACGCAACAUCAUUGAAGCCUGCAUAAAUGCAACAAUAUCCAAGGGACGUGGCAAAGCUCUAGAGGAUGAGGUACCUGGUGUGUUCUUGUUUGCUGGCCUCCAAGAAUUUGCUGCCCUCAAUGACUGGGUGACUGUGGAAGAUGAACACCGCCUCGAGAUGACCUGCAACUUCUUCCUCAUCACGCUGGCCAAACACUGCGGCAUCCACUUGUACAACUCAUCAAAGGUGGAGGAAGCAGUUCUCCAGGAAGUAUUUGCGUUCGUACAGCAGCUAAGACAGAAGGUGAUAUCCGGCCGAGGCACUACCAGGGCUGUAGACCCAGACGACAGCUUCUACGAUAGCAACGUCUCCACCAACACACAGCUGGACGAGAGCUCAGAAGGGGACAUGUCAAGUCGGUGUCGCAGUGUCAUCGAGCGUUGUCUUUUCCUGCUGACGGUUCAAGGCCCUAAGGAGACAGGAGUGGCUGGACAGAGCCAAUCAGAUGUGCUGGACCAGCUCAGACGGACCUGUUCCUUGGCUCUGGAAUUUGUGACGAGCGAGAGCCAGGAAGGUACAGUGCUUGGUCCCUCGGACAAUCCCCGGGGCAUAGUCACUUCCCCUGCCCUUCUCUACACAGCCAUGCAGCACCAGCAGCUCCGAGCGGAGAUGCGGUUUCUUGCACUCAACCAGAUAUUGGAAUUAAUGAAAACUCUCGAAGGCUCCGACAGUGAGAAGUCAAAAGAAGAAGAUAGUGCAGAAGAAAAAGAGUCAAAAGAACCACCGGUCCUUCUAAAUUGUCUCCACGAACAGCUAAUCUGUGGAUGUUUCGGGCUCUGUGAGGAGGUCAGUAUAUCACAGCUAAGUCAUUACCUGGACCUGAUCUAUACGGCACCUUCCACACUGCAGGAGCAGGUCACCACAACUGUCCACCAGAUAUACAGCAUCAUGGUGUCCUCUCUCAGGCACAGACUUCUCAAACUGGACUCAUACAAUCAAGAGCAGCUGCAGAUGUUAACGGUGUUUGUACUGAGCCUGAGGUACCGUCCGCAGGACGUCUGCCAUGCUGUGGACUGUGGCCUACUCUCUGUAAUACAGGACUGUGUUGUACACCAGUCUCACUUGACCAGCCGUGAUUCUAGCCUCACGCAGGCCUUCACGCAACUCUUACAUAUCCUGGCAGUCUCGUGUGUCAUCCAUUCCGACAAGCUGGACGUCUCUGUGGUGGAGAGCAUAAUCCAGGUACUACACUCUCACCUGGACUCUCUCCUCUCCCUGACACAACCAUCCAGGCAAGAUGAACUGGCCAGUGGAGAACUACGGUGGGUAGAGCACAGUCUCGGAGAGCUGCUAUCAUUCACUCUGUUGUCUCUGAGCAACAACACCAAGGUCGCAUGGUUGCUGGCCUCGUACGAGUGGACCCGCUCACUGCUCUCCGUAGUCGGAGUGGGGACGGACCAGCUGCCCCGCCUGUCUGCUCUCACCCCUCGCCUACUGGCCCUGCAACUCCUCACUUCCGUCCUGCCCCGCCGAGCACUCCACACUGAGUUCCGGCAACAGAUCGUACGGGAGCUGUUCUGUCAACUGGCUGCCAACAUGUGGGAGAUACCACAGGCUGUGGCCGAGAAGCAGGCUCUGAUACGUGAGGCGGAGCUCGAUAAACAACUAGAGAGACUUACCAGCCCCAUGCUAGGGGAGGCAGUGUUUGAGUGCGAAGUGGAGGAAGAUAACCUGCCAGUCCAGGAUACGGGAUUUGACCCGGAGAAAUGCCUCUGUUGCUCUAUAGAAGGCGGCCAUACACUGGUGCACACUCCGGGGGGCCGGGGCUACGGUCUCGGCACCACUGCCAUCUACAGCGGUUGCUACCAAUGGAAGCUGCUGAUGGUGAAGGAGCACAAGGGCAAUGAAGGAACCUGCAUUGGAGUCAGCCGAUGGCCCGUGAAAGAUUACGGACAUCGCACCACGUCGGAUAUGUGGUUGUACAGAGCUUACAGUGGUAACCUAUACCAUGGCGGCGAACACAAUUUAACUCUGCCGAGCUUCACGCAAGGUGACUACAUCACUGUGGUGUUGGACUUGGAUGCCAGGACACUCAGUUUUGGCAAGAACGGCGAUGAACCCAUCCUUGCUUUCCAGGACAUAGAGACCACAACACCACUCUAUCCUUGCGUCAUCUUCUAUAGCACUAACCCUGGCGAGAAGGUGAAGCUGACCGACAUGCAGGUGAGGGACUCGCCCAGGGACCUGCUGCCCGGAGAUCCCCAGUGUGCACCCCUUCCUGUCAUCAUGGCCGAGGCCUACAUACAUCUCAUUCGACACCUGCAUGCCUCCGACGCCUGGACCAGUCAAGUAAACGAAUGUCUAAUGGAACGACUUGGACAAGCAAAGGAUCUUCUGCCUGAGAAUACCUGCUCUGGACCCUCAGUUGCAGAUCGUCAGCAAGACACAGAAGACAAUGGAAGUUCUUCCGCUCCAGCGCCAGAUUUGGAACAGCUGUGUAAGGAAGUGUGGCCGGCGAUGGCUGUGAUCGGGGGUCAGGACAGAGGACUCAGGGUCGGUGGCCACUGCGUAGAGAAGGCCUCAGGCCGACGGGCUUCCGUCCUGGGCACUCUCAAGCGCGGCCUGUCCUCGGUCAAACUGCUGUGGGACGAUGGUGACGGCGAGAUCAGUGAUGGUCUGCUUAACGGGCUGGAGGCUUGCGAACCGUUCCCCUUCUCCUGUAACAAGUUGGGACCUGUCUCGCCAGACAUUUGGCUCAGCAUCAUCAAACUGACAGGUCUCACUGGACAUCUGAAAAUGCCAGAAGUGUCGCUUUCACCAACUGAGUGGGAGGCAGUAGAUGCGCGGAGACGUCAAUCGUCAGCAUCGCACUCCGUUGUGCAAUCCGUAGAGUCACUGACACACCAGAUGGUGACCAGCAUUAUCGGUGAGGUGACUCGACGUGGCAGCGGGGACCACACUAUAGCCGACCCCUCUGACAGCUCGGACAGGGAGUUUGUACAGCAGUCCCUAACAGCCAGGUUAGCCAAUGAGAAACUGCUUUCGUGUGAAGCGACUGCUAUCCAGGUAACCUGUGUGCAGAUGUCGGCACUGAAGACCAUGACCACACUGCUAUCCUCGAGCCAGUAUACAGAGCUGCUACUGGUACCCAAGUCAACAUUCAGCCCUCCGUCAAAAGAAGAAGAUCAGAACUGCGAAGGGUUGGAGUCAACUGCCACCAAAGAGCCCAGGGACCAAGACGAGGGUACUCUGAGAGAAGCGCUCCGAUAUAUCCUCAGAUGUUUGGUGGAGAAAGCAGUGGCUCUAUGUGAUCUGCCACAGUUGGCAUCACUGGAGGAACUGGAACGUGCAUUCAGUAUGUUACACAGCGAACACACUCGUGCGCGGGCACACCACAAACAUCGCAUCGACACGUUGGAGGCUCGGGUGCGAGGACUCAACAACACUCGGCCAAAUAGUCAGGAGACCAGUCAGGUUGUGCGUCAACAGCAGGGCCCAACUUAUCUACCCUCGUUGUCCCGUAUGGCCCAGAAGGUGUCUCCAGUGAUCCCCCCCACCAAGCUUCUCCCUCUCUCUCUGCCUCCUCUCGGCUCCCCCCAGCUAGAGAAGGCUAUGCCCCCCACCCCUGCCAAACCCAGGCACAGUCUGCAUCGCUCACCCUCGCCCCCCCACCCCCUCAUAGCUGCCCCUCUACUCGAGAUGGGCUUCUCACUGAAACACGUCCAGAAGGCCAUCAACGCCAUCGGAGGUAGCACCGACAUCGGUUCCACCACGGUGAAUCAAUUGGCCACCUGGAUGAUAGAGCAUCCUUGCAUAGAGUCAGACAUCAUAGAGACAGACUCCAUGGGGAGCAGCGAGCAGGAGCAGUGUCAGCGUUACGACCCAAGCAGACUGUACCUGGCUGAUGACAUAGUGGGGCCGGUGGGCACUCGGCGAGGUUGUGGUCCCACGCGGCGGCGACCCGGCUCCGAUAUCCGCAGUUACUUGGCAGACCGGACAGAACUGGAGAGGGACCGAGAGCGAGACAGAGAAAGAGAACAUGUGCGAGGGGAGGCGGAGCCUCUCUACCUACAGAACACUCAGAGUCUCUUCGAGAUCGCUUCCAUCCAGGGAUUUGGGCUGCUGGGGCAGUUUGUGACAGAGCCGAGCACGCUGUGUGCACUGUGCCAGCAGACAUCACAUCAGUUGUCUAGCCACAUGACUGCGGCUCACCCGGGCUGCGGAGCACUCUCAGGAGGCAGUUACUGCGGCAACAUGGUUUCCAACAAGUAUCUGUUGUGCAUCGAGUGUCAGACAGAAUACAAGAGAGUGGGCAACAAGUCCGAAAACUCCCAGAACCACACCUGGGCAGACUUUCUAGCCCCCACCACAAGUUAUAGCCAAGAGACCAGCCUGGUGUGGGAAGAGCCAGCCGAUGUGCCCUCAUUGGAAGCUCUGUAUCACAAUUUCCAGUCCCCCACCCAGUCACUGGUGUCCCCUGGCGGGGUGGUCCGCUCUCCUGACCCGCUCGGAGCUUCAGCGGUCCCAUCUGUCAGUGAGACGACUAAGCAGAACGGUGGUAGCAUUGAGGGUAAGAAGGCUGGUUGGGUGUUGGCAGAACAAGCCGCCCAACUAAAGACGCCGCAGGAACGCAUUACAGCACUGCAGAGAGUUGCGCACGCAGCGCAGGUCACCACAGCACGAUCUCUGGUCAUUAACGUGCUCUCGCUGCUGGCCGCCAGUGGUACGACCUGCUGCCUGUCGUCCGGGCUGAGUGGGAUCGGACUGACAGAUGUGCGGAAGAUCAUUCACCUGAUGGGACUGGUAGGCGGGGGUCGAGUGGACGCUAGCAACAGCCCAUCGUCCCCGGCCCAAUCUCUGUCUUGUCUCACUGCGUGUCUCACAGCCAUUGCACACAAUGACCCCUCUGCCUCACAGCGUGUCAUCCUCAUGUGCGCUCAGGACCUGCUGAAAGUGGCGGCUAAAGGUGUCCCUGAGAGUCCAGGUUUCGCUCAGUCCAGUUUCUCUGUGACCCAGGCUCUUGUAGCUCUGCUCGCCUCAAAUGGAGGCUUUUCGCUCACCAGCCCUCAACCAGGGGUGGAAGACAAGGCCAGUCCCAACACACUCAGCCCAUUGUUGUUGCCCAAUGCCCUUGCUGCCUGCAUCCUGACGUGCCGACUGUCCCAUGUGUACAAGGAGUGGGCAGCUCAUCAGCUGGUAAAGUGCCUCUACAGCUGUGAGCAGAAGGUGGACAGUCUCAGCAUGACAGACCUUACGGCAGUCUUAUCUCUCAGCGAUGUCACGGUGCUUGAAGGACACGAGAACCGAGUGACCUCCACUACAUGGCACUCGGACAGAGCACUGCUGGCUUCAUGUGGCUACGACAGUACGGUGAGAGUGUGGUGUCCGGCCGGGGGCAGUCUGGAGCAGACAUUAGUGUUCCACAAGUCAGAACAUGUCUACGGGCGACAGCUCAACGGCGAACUGAUCAGUCAGCUGGGAUGGUCACCCUCCGGCCGUUACCUGUCUGCUGCCAUGGAGAACAUUAUCAACAUCUGGCAUCUUCCUGGUAACAACGGAGCCAAGGUGGACACCCAGAACUUUGUGAUUGACAGUCAGCCAGUAUGGAUAACUGCUCUGUGCUGGCCGAAGGUGUGUAACGGAGGAAGCCAGCAGGAGUGUCUGCUGAUCGGCCGAGUCAAUGGCACAGUCGCCAUGAUGACCUCGCAGCAGGGUGCCUGGCACACUGACGAACUGAUCAACUGCUCUCUAUCCUUCUCGUCUGUGAGUCACCUAGCGUGGCAAGACGAGGAGAAACACUUUGCGGUUGGAUUCACGGACGGCACACUCAAGAUCUCCCACAAGAAUCAGAACGUCGAGACGGCCACCAUUUCUGCUCACGCGAGUGGUAUCUGCUGUCUGGAGUGGGAUCCUUACAACGAAUACCUGGCCACCUGCGCUACCGGAGACAGCUACUGCUACGUCUGGACUGUUGAGGACUCUGAGUGGAAGUGUGUUCACGACCUCGCCCACUCCUAUCAUCCUGCGUCUGUCGCAUGGUCACCCAUUGUAGGACACAACCAACAACGGAUACUCUGUGUGGGUACAGUGUACGGGGUGAUUAACGUAUGGACUCUGCCAGAGCUACGAGUGCUGCACACCAUGCAAGGUCACAUGUACAGUCCUGUCACCUCGCUCAGUGUGGAUAAAAAUGGCCUGCUACUCGCUUCAGGAUGUUUCAAGGGGAUGAGUGGACUAGUGAAUAUAUGGAGCCUCCAGGACGCAAGCCUGCUGCAGACCCAGACCGGACCCGGUGGUGUCCACAGCCUUACCUGGGUCUCCGAUGUUGGGUUGGCAGUCUGCUUUGUCCGGUCCAAGGAUAUCAACAUCAUCCAGUACCGUGCAAGUGUGUGUGGUAAGGACCGUGUGCUGGCAGCGUGUCGUGGUGCGCUCCUAGCUCGUGGUGUCUCUGGUCUGCAGAGUGUCCCCUGCCUGCGCUCACUAUUGAGUGCGCUGCCUGCUCUCGUGUUAGAGUUGUGGCGCAGCGAGCGACCGGCCGUGGUGAGCGGAGACCGUCUCACCUACAGCGACCACCUCAAGUGCCUGGUGUCCCUGGUGCUAGCCUUGCGGCUGGACCAUGUGCUGUGUUACCGUCAGGCUCCGCCCAACACAGCGGAAUCUCAUGCUCUCGAACCAGACUGGACGUGGCUGCACGUACUGAGUGUUGCGGCCCAGACAGCAAAGGCUCUUGUCUCUCGGACGCCUCUGCCGCAACAGUUCCUGCAGUGGAAGUGCGAAGAUAGAGUCCAGUUAGAGGAAGAGUGGACAGACAACGAGGCAUGGAGUUAUGAGACGGACGUGCAGCUGAUGGCAUGGAUGACGCAGUGCCCCCAGGACUGGCAAGUGGGCGGGAAGUGCGAGGCUUACCUGUGGGGCAGUGGACGCCAUGGUCAGCUAGCCGAGACAGGCCACAGCUCGCAGGUACCAACGCUGACAGAAUCAUUCUCAGCGGCACAGCAGAUAGUGUGCGGCCAGAACUGCACAUUCGUAGUGCAGACUAACGGCACAGUGCUCAGCUGCGGGGAAGGCAGCUACGGUCGGCUCGGCCAGGGUCACUCCGAGGACCUUCACUCUCUCUCCGUAAUCUCUGCGCUGCAAGGAUUCGUCAUUGUAGAGGUUGCAACAUCAUGUGGCUCAGACGGCCACAGCCUAGCGCUAGCUGAGAGCGGAGAGGUGUUUUCAUGGGGCGAUGGAGAUUACGGAAAGUUGGGGCAUGGAAAUAGCGACCGACAACGUCGGCCACGGCAGAUAGAAGCUCUCCAAGGCGAAGACGUAGUUCAGGUGGCUUGUGGGUUCAAGCACAGUGCAGUUGUGACAAGUGACGGAAAGCUUUUUACAUUUGGCAAUGGAGAUUACGGGCGACUGGGCCACGGCACCACCUGCAACAAGAAGCUGCCAGAGUGUGUGGGCGCACUGGUGGGCGUGGAGGUGGGACAGGUGGCGUGUGGACUGAACCACACAGUGGUGGUGGCAGCCAACGGUGCAGCCGUGUGGGCCUUCGGUGACGGAGACAACGGCAAGUUGGGUCUGGGCCACAACACCACCAAAGGAAUACCACAGGUUAAAUUAUAAUGUAAUUCGGCUACU